AUGAGCUAUUACGGAAGCAGCUCCUCUGGUGGCAGGGGUGGCCGUCGAGUCGAGUAUGGGAGGAGCUAUGUGGUGAGGCCAAAGGGACGUCACCUAGCCACCAUUGUGUGGCUCCAUGGCCUAGGUGACAAUGGUGCAAGCUGGUCCCAGCUUCUGGAUUCUCUUCCUUUGCCCAAUAUCAAGUGGAUAUGCCCCACCGCAGCAACCCGGCCUGUCGCUGCUUUUGGCGGAUUCCCCUGCACUGCAUGGUUUGACGUGGACGACACUUCGGUGGAUGGUCGUGAUGACAUAGAGGGCCUGGAUGCUUCAGCUGCACACAUAGCAAACCUACUGUCGUCUGAGCCGUCUGAUGUGAAGCUCGGGAUCGGUGGGUUCAGCAUGGGUGCAGCCGCGGCUUUGCACUCGGCAGCAUGCUAUGCUCACGGCAAAUUCAGCAGCGGCAUCCCCUACCCAAUCACGCUCAACGCAGUCAUCAGCUUGAGUGGCUGGCUCCCUUGCUCAAGGACCCUGAGGGGAAAGAUCGAGAGCUCACACAUGGCAGCAAGAAGAGCCCUCUCCCUGCCCAUCCUGCUCUGCCAUGGAAGAGCGGAUGAGGUCGUGUCCUACAGGAACGGUGAGCGGUCGACCGAGUAUCUGCGGUCAUCAGGGUUCUCAUACGUGACCUUCAAGUCCUACAACGGAUUGGAGCACUACACUAUCCCCGAAGAAAUGGACGAUGUCUGCAAGUGGCUCAGCUCAAGGCUCGGCGUUGACCGAUCUCGCUAAAUGGAACAGCCUCAGUUGU